AUGAUCGUCCUGUUUCUCGUGUUUUCCACUUCCUCCCUCGAGUCCAUCCCCUCGUUUCGUUUCACGGCGUAUCUCAACGGCGGUCCCGUGUGCUGCGUGUGGUUCUGGUGGAUCACUGCCUUCUUCGCCCAUCUGCUCGCCCUCUCCUUUGCUGAAAUCGCCUCCUCUUUCCCUACAGCAGGCUCGCUCUAUUUUUGGGCGGCUGCUCUUGCCGGCCCAAAGUACGGUCCGUUUGCAGCAUGGAUCACUGGCUGGUUGGAGUUUGUGGGCGUGUCGGUGGGAGUGGGCGGAGUGGCGUUUGGGGGAAUUGAGCAGAUCAUGUCGCUCGUGUUGAUCGCCACAGGUGGCGCCAACGGGGGCGGAUAUGAUUUCCCCCACUACCUGCAGUUCCUGUCGUGUGCGGCGCUCAUUCUGGUCUGUGCUGCCGUCAACGUGCUUCCCAUCAAGCGAGUCGGGCAAAUUCUGGCUGUCGGGACAGUGCUGCAGAUUCUAGUGGCAUUCGUGUUCAUAAUCACGCUCCCUGCUGUCGCAGAGACCCACCAGCCUGCCUCGUGGGUGUUUGGUCACUUUGAGGUGCAAUACAGCAUCACAGGCAUUCCCAACGGGGCAUAUGCGGUGGUAGCAGGCCUCCUCAUGUCACAGUACGCCCUCUACGCCUUCGAUGCAGCGGCACACACGUCAGAAGAGGCGAAGCGGUCCGAUGUGAUGACUCCCUUUGCGAUGAUCGCCGCCCUCUCGCUCAUCUGCUUUGUGCAAUGGGGCGUCAUCGUGGCUCUCACAUUCUGCAUCCAGGACCCAGAGAACCUGCUCUCAAAGGACACGGUGACUGGUGGGGACUUUGCAGAGGUGCAAAUCCUCUGGGACGUGUUCUAUGGCAGGUUCGGCAGCGGCACGGGUGCCUGUGUGUUCCUGGGUCUCUUCUUCAUCUCUUUCUUCUUCGCCACCAUCACCCUCAUCCUCGCUGCUGCGCGUGUGGGCUACGCAUUGUCUAGGGAUAGGGGUCUCCCGCUCUCCUUCCUGUGGCGCCGAGUGAAUUCCAGCAAGGUCCCAGUCAACGCCAUUGCCUGCACCAGCGCCAUCGCCAUCGUGUUCCUCAUGCCGCUGCUCGGAGGCUCCGUGGCCUACUUUGCUGUGACGGGGAUGGCCACGGUGGGGUGGUUCGGCGCGUACGGAGUGCCGGUGUUCUUUCGCAUCAUCCAGUCUGAUAAGGACUUUGUUCCGGGGCCCUUCUUUCUUCCCAACUACAUUGGGCACACGGGCGG